CUAAAUAUAAUCUGUUUGUGUAACCUCCUCCUAAUUCUCCCUUAUACUUUACAGGACAUUAUCUGGACUCCCAGAUUUACAAUCUAGCCUCUACCAUUGCCUUCUCCAUGAAGGUUAACUAAAAUUAACUAGCAAGAAACACAAUCCUACAGCAGUCACUUAAGAGUUUUCAAGUAGGACAGAAGAUAAGGCUGAAGCCUAAAAAAAGGACAACUCUGAACUCUCAUUUCUUCACCAUAAAAUUUUCUUGUAACGAAGACACUCUUGUUUCUUCACAGCUUAGUGGCCUCUUUUUAAAUUUCUGCAGCUAAUGCUAUUCCAGUUUUUCCUGGUUGUACAUUUUCUUGAGAAUUGUUUCCAGUUCUUUUCCAGUGGAGGUUUGUGGUUGUACAGCACUUGGAAAUCAUGAAUAUAAGGAGCCCAGAGCGCUGUAAAAUAUUUUGACAGCUUGUUCUUGAAAUCAAAACAUUUCACCUGAAGGGCAUAGUUUGCUUGGGUGGAAAAUAACAGCUCAUUUUCUUAUGCAAAACAACUCUGUGGCAUACUGAAGGCACACAGAGUUAUUCACAUGGAAAAAUAUCAAUUAUUUUGUGAGUUGCCCAUGCUGUGCAGUGCUGUGGGAAGGUGGGCAUUUACAUAGUAUUCUGAUUAAGGUGUAUUUGCAUCCCUGUGGGACAGGCAUUUCCAUGUUCUUAGGAUGCCAGAAGUGCUUGGAUCACGUUGGCUUCUCCCAACAUAAGGGAUGCACCCAAGUCCCCGUGGGCUUCGACUGCUUGGGGCAGCAGAACAUUAAUUUUUUUUUUUCUGCUGAGGUUACCUUGUACAAGCCAGCACUAUCCAAGCAAAUCUCUGCAUGGAAUGGAAUGGAAUUAACAGAGGCCAAGUGCUGAGGAGCAUUAACACACUGAACUGCUGGGAAACAUCAGCACAUCCAUUGGAGAGUGUGAGCUUUUCUCACUUUGUGCUCAGUGAAAUAUUAGAGUUUCCUUCCAGACACUAAGUUCCAAGCAGAGGAAGUACAGAGAAAUACAACCAGCUGGUUUCUAUGGGAAGAAGUGGCUGUGCCUAACUUUGUACCUUCAGCUUGAAGAUCAGCCAGAAAACGAAACUCUGCCUUCCCUGAGACAGUCAGACAGACAAACAGUGGAACAAAAAAAUGCCAGUGAAAUGUUGUUUCCACAGGUCAAACGCUGGGGAAACCAUGGCAUGGUCUGAGUCUGUGGAUACAGUACUAUCCAAUAAAGAGGGCCUGGCAGCUUUUCGGACAUUUUUGAAGUCUGAGUUCAGUGAGGAGAAUGUGGAGUUCUGGCUAGCCUGUGAAGACUUCAAGAAAACCAAAUCCUCCACUAAGAUUGCGUUGAAAGCCCAGAAGAUUUAUUCUGACUUUAUACAAGCUGAUGCUCCAAAGGAGAUUAAUAUUGACUUCCACACCAAAAAUGACAUCUCCCAGAACAUCUCUGAGCCCACCCUCCGCUGCUUUGAUGCUGCUCAGAGCUCAAUCUACUGCCUCAUGGCAAAGGACUCUUUUCCCAGGUUUCUGAGGUCAGAAGUGUACAAGGAACUGGUGAAGAAGCACCAGGACAGAAAUCAGAAGAGAUGGCUCCCGUUUCUGUGAGGAAAAACACUGAGCCUUUAGGAAUUUAUAAUGCCUCCCAUUGCAAUUCAGUACAGAUAAUUAUUAAUUAUUAAAGGGAUUGCAGAAGCCACUUUCAAGAAUCACCUGUGCCAACUUGUUUUUAAGUACAAAUUGCACAUGAUGCUUUCUAAUAACAGUAGAGAAAUAUUCAAGAAGCAGGAUGGAAUAUGCUAGACACUUGAGCUACCUUCCUAAUAAAAAACUUUGCCAUUGUUGUUUAUU